CCAGUAUGAACGCGCGCAAAGUAAUCUUCCCCCACAUACAUAAAGCUUAAUCUUCUUAAAAUGAAGACAUCCUGUUGUCUUCUCUUAAUACCACCAUCUUUAACUUCUCUCAAACAUUGCCAAAAUGUCUUCAAACGGUAAUUUCAUCGAUCCCUUCGAAGAGACAAUCAUUCGUCAUCCUCAACUUUCUCUUCGGGCUCAUAUUAUCCCAUUGGGUUUAAACGUGACAAGAUUGAUCUUUGAUGAUCCUGUUGAAAGUUUCGAACAUGAUGUCAUAAUCGGACCUGAAUCUCCUCAAGAUCAUUGGAGAUUCGGUAGAAAAUUUUUAGGUCCGGUGGUGGGACGAUAUGCAAACCGAUUACCGGUGGGAAAACAUAAAUUCGAUCAUGAUCAACAAACGAUUGAUAUUGAAGAAUAUUCGGCAUUUUCAAAAUCUGGUGUUUCAUUGCAUGGAGGACCAGAAGAGGAAAAUAGACAGCUUGGUCAAAUACCAAGAAAUGGUUUUUUAGUUCCUCAAGUUGGCCCUUUUGACAGAUUGGUUUGGCAACCUUUAUCGUCCGAUCAAUCGCAAUUGUUCGGCCCUGAAUCUGCUUCUACUGCGAAAGGCUCUUCAGCCAUCUUUGGUUUAUUAAGUAAAGGUGUCGCACCUGGUGGACAACAGAAAGGCUAUCCUGGAGAUAUUCGGAUCGAAGUUCGUCUUGCAAUCGUACCCGGUAAAGAAGGUAAUGAAAGCAUUUCUACCUCUACAACAACACCAGCCAAUCUUGGUAAAAGUGCUGGUACAUUCCAUAUGGAAUAUCGAGCCAAAUUGGUGGACGGUGAGUGCACUGCCACACCUAUCAAUUUGACUCAUCAUUGGGCUUUCAAUGUAAGCACUUCCGAUGCAAAAGCACGUUCACAAGACAAAGGUACGAUUGAAAAUCAUACCUUCCGUUUGAUCCCUCCUCCAAUGUUUGACGAACAACGAAAGCCUCAAUUAUAUGCUAUCGGAACGUGUGAAAAAUGGAUACCUACAGGAACUUUAUUGGAAACCGAAAACACACCGCAUGAUUGGUCAAAUGAAGGAAAAGAAGGAUUGGGUAAAACAAUCAUUCAUAAAGGUGGACAUGAAGGUUACGAUCAAUUUUAUACAUGGGGAGCACCGGAAAAGAAAAUUGUUGAAAAAUUAAAUCAAUCUGAAUAUGAAAAAGCAUUGCAUGCACAACCAAGAAUGAUUUUGCAUGCUCCUAGCUCACAAGUCACUUUAACCGUUCGAACCAAUCAAACGGGUGUUCAAGUAUACACUGCAAACAGUCAACCACCACAUCCUGCUGUAGCUGAAGAGAGUGGUGGCGCAAAGAAGAAACUUCAUUCUAAUCCAGGUGAAGAAGGAUUGGGAAAUCAUCAAAGAAGUGGAAUCGCUUUGGAAUUCUCCCAUCCACACGGAACUUUCCUUCAUGAAAAACAUCAACAAUUCGCUCAAGAUGAUACAGUUUUACGUAAAGGUGAACAAUAUAGAAAUUGGGUAGAAUUAGAAGUAUUCAAAAGGGUUUGAGGGCCGCUUCAACAAAUCAUUCUUCGACUAAUUUUUAUCAUUUAAUGACAGAGAUAUAUCGAAAUAGAAUAGCUUUCCUUUCUUCUCAUCUGCACACAACACACGAAUGUCUGUGA